AUGAAGCCUGAUUAUUUUAUUCUAUCUUUACUCAUUCCUGGACCACAAUCACCGGGAAAUGACAUUGAUGUCUAUCUUCAACCGUUGAUUGAAGAAUUAAAAGAAUUGUGGGAGUCAGGUGUCGAAACAUAUGAUUCGAAAGAAAACAAAACAUUCAACAUGAGAGCGUGCCUUUUGUGGACAAUUAAUGACUUCCCUGCGUAUGCUAUGUUAUCUGGGUGGAGUACAAAGGGAAAAUUGGCUUGUCCAUGUUGUAAUGAUGAGACUUCUUCUAUCUAUCUGAAACAUAGUCACAAGACUGUUUAUAUGGAUCACCGAAGGUUUUUACCCAUGAAUCAUCUAUGGAGGCAUAACAAAAGUUCUUUCAAUGGAAAAAUUGAACUCAGGUCUCCACCGCAGUUGUUAGAAGGUUCAGCUGUAUUUGAUAUAUUGCGAGAGGUGGAUAAUUCUUUUGGGAAGAAGCAAAAGAGAUCAAAGAAUGGCAUAUCAAAUUGGAAAAAACGGUCAAUCUUUUUUGAGUUACCAUAUUGGAAGUCCAACAUGUUUAGACACAACCUUGAUGUCAUGCACAUAGAGAAGAAUAUAGUUGAUAGCAUAAUUGGAACUCUUUUAGAUAUUCUCGGAAAGACGAAAGAUCAUGCAGCUGCUCGUUUUGACCUUAAAGAUAUGGGUAUCAGGAAAAACCUUCAACCAAAAGAUACGAAGGAUGGAAAAAAAACUAAGUUAGCAAAAGCAUGCUUUUCAAUGACUCCACCAGAGAAAACAAUCUUUUGUAGUGUGUUGAAAGCGGCAAAAUUACCAGACGGUAGCGCUUCCAAUAUUGCUCGAUGUGUGCAUGAAACAGAAAAGAAGAUUUUUGGUUACAAGACCCAUGAUGCUCAUUUCAUGUUGCAUUACUUGUUGCAAGUACCAAUCAAGAGCAUACUUCCUGACCAUGUUGCCAUCGCUCUAGUUCGAUUAUGUUCAUUUUUUCGUCGAAUAUGUCAGAAAGUAAUUAGCUUGGAUGAGGUAGUUAACUUAGAAGCAGAGAUUGCUGAGACAUUGUGCCAAUUGGAGAGGAUUUUCCCUCCUAGCUUUUUUGGCAUAAUGGUGCACUUGCCUAUUCAUUUGGCAAAUGAGGUGAGGUUAGGUGGUCUAGUUCAAUAUCGUUGGAUGUACCCUGUUGAACGGUAUAUGUGCACACUAAAAUCGUAUGUUCGUAAUAGAAGUCGUCCAGAAGGAUCUAUUGCCGAAGGAUAUUUGGCGAAUGAGUGUAUCAAUUUUUGCUCAAGAUAUUUGCAUGAAGAUGUUCAUACAAGAUUUAAUAGAAUCCCUCGGAAUAACGAUGAGUGUGUUUCAGAUGAGGUGCGAACUCCUAGUUUGUUUCCAAGCAAAGGAUGUCCUCUUGGUGGAAGAAUGGGAGAUUUGUUUAUUUUAGAUGAAAAAUCAGAAAUACAAGGUCAUGCAUACAUCCUAAACAAUUGUGAUAAGAUCGAAGUCUACAUGAGAGAGCAUGAGGAGACAGUUAAUGAUAACAAUCCACGAAGAACAAAGUGGGAGAAAGCCAAGGACCGCAGUCAACAAUUUUCAGAAUGGUUUAAAAUUCGUGCCAUGAAAAAGGAUGUGCCUGGUUGGGCAAAAGGGUUGGCUAGGGGUCCAAAUCGAGUUGCAAAAAGAUUUUCAGGUUAUAUUAUCAAUGGGUAUAGGUUCCAUACAAGGCACCGUGAUGUGAGACGUAAAACUCAAAAUAGUGGUGUCACAUUAGAAGCAUUGACUCCUAGUUUUGCUAGUGUGAAAGAUAAGAACCCAAUUGAAGCAAAAGUAGCCUACUAUGGUAGAAUAGUUGAUAUGUUUGAGUUAGAUUAUUAUGGCCAAUUUAAGGUAGUCUUGUUUAAGUGUGAAUGGUAUACAGUUGCAAAAGACAACUUUGGUCUUUCAUAUGUGUAUUUCAAUAGAAAAUGCUACCAAGAAGAACCAUUUGUGCUGGCAUCUCAAGUAAACCAAUGCUUUUAUGUGCAAGACCCAUAUGUUGGGGACAAGCACUAUGUUAUGAAAACAAUUUCAAGAGAUUUAUUUAGGGUAAGUGAUGACCUUGAGUCUGAUUCCCCCAUAAUAUAUGCAAGGGAGCCAUGUGAACCUGAAGUGAUUCCAAGUCUUCCAAAUGAUAAUGGCGAAAUUGAUCUAGUGAGGAAUGAUUUACGAGUAACUAUUAUAGAUAUGGAUCAAAACAUGUUUGCCAAACAAUAUUGUGAGGAAGACGAGGAAAGUGAAUAUGAGUACAUGGAGGACUUUGACUCUGAAACAUCUUGA